GACCCUUCAUCUCUGGAGAAAUAUCCGGAGAGCGAGCGCAAGGAUGCAAAAACGCGUCACUUUUGCCGACGAGGUGCUGCCCAACGUGAGGCGGACCCCUGUCCACUUCUGGGAUGGGAUGAAGGUCCCGUGCCUCACGCCCAGCAUCACCUCCAAGGAGAAAAUAAGCGUCUGGGAUGCGGUGUCAGCCUACAUCCACGAACACCUCCUGCUGCACCAGGGCGUCCGAAUUCCUGCCCUCGGCUCCUUCGACGUUGUCCCCAAAUUGGUGAAGGACGGGAACAAGACCCUGAUUUUGCAGAUGCCCACGUUCCGCCUGGCCAGGAACCUCGUCGUCACCCACAGCCUCACCGCCAACAAGGAGUACCUGCCAGGCCACAAGGAGCUGGAGCCCCUCCACUACCCCGAGGUGGCCGCCCAAAUCUGCCUGUCCUCGCAGAGGGUGGAGAGCUGCAUCCAGGGCACCACGUCCCUCAUCUCUCGCUGCGGGGAAGGGGGAGAACAUCGCCCUGGUCCUGAGGGACGUGGGGGUGCUCCUCAUCGAAGGCACGAGGGUGGAAAUGAAAUUCUAUUCCGAAUUCCUGCAGAAGGUGUCCGGGAAGGAGAACCUUCAAAAAGCCUUUUUCAAGGUGAGGGUUUUGUUUUCCCCACGGCCUGGGCAGCCUCACAAAGGGGUAGCAACGCUUGCCCUUGGCCCACCGAGACCUUUUGGGUUGGAGUUUUUGGCCACGACCGAGGCCAGAGGACAUUUGCCAUCUCCUUGCAGGUCCCCCAGCUGAUGGACGUGGUGGUGUCCCGGGGGGCACCCUUGGCCUCCCUGACCUUCUCUGGCCGUGUCAUCGUCUUCCCCGAGUGA